AUCCCAUCCAAGCCAGCGUGUUCCCUCGUCCACCAGCCACAAAUGCAACCAUAGUCACUUACUUUCCGCCAUCAUCAACUUGACUUUCCACCGGCUACAUUUGAGAAGGCUUCGGAUAGACAGAUACAGGAGGAUUACGAUACACAACCACACUUUUCUUGCCCAAGACAAUCACCGCUCGAACUCGACCCCCCCCGGCCUUUGUUUUCCCGCGAACCAAUUCCCAUCCUCCUCUCACCAUGUCUACUGCGCUCGUCGAUGCUGAUGACGAUAUCCUCGACCCCACUCUUCAGAACCUGAUCGACCAGAAAACCCUGAGAUGGAUCUUUGUCGGGGGCAAGGGUGGGGUUGGCAAGACCACCACCUCCUGCUCCCUAGCGAUUCAAAUGGCAAAAGCAAGGAAGUCGGUUCUCCUGAUCUCAACCGACCCGGCACACAAUUUGAGCGACGCUUUUAGUCAGAAAUUUGGCAAGGAUGCCCGUCUGGUCGAGGGCUUUACCAAUUUGAGCGCCAUGGAGAUCGACCCCAAUGGCAGCAUCAAUGAUUUGAUCAGUGGAGGCGGCGACGAUGCCCAAGAUGCCAUGGCAGGCCUUGGAGGCAUGGGCAACAUGAUGCAGGAUCUCGCCUUUAGUAUCCCUGGUGUUGAUGAGGCCAUGUCGUUCGCCGAAGUGCUCAAACAGGUCAAAAGUCUCUCCUACGAAGUCAUCAUCUUUGACACCGCCCCGACUGGCCAUACCCUUCGCUUCCUCCAAUUCCCCACCGUCCUGGAAAAGGCUCUGGCCAAAAUCUCCCAACUGUCCGCCCAGUUUGGUCCCAUGCUGCAAUCCGUCAUUGGUGCCCGCGGUGGACUUCCAGGUGGUGCCAAUCUCGACGAGCUGACACAGAAACUGGAAGCUCUCAGAGAAACCAUCGCCGAAGUCAAUGGCCAGUUUAAAAACCCCGACAUGACCACCUUUGUCUGCGUUUGCAUCGCCGAAUUCUUGUCCCUUUACGAAACCGAGCGAAUGAUUCAAGAGUUGGCCAGCUAUAAUAUCGACACCCACUGCAUCGUCGUCAAUCAGCUCCUGUUUCCUGAAAAGUCCAACGAUUGUAAGCAAUGUAAUGCCAGAAGGAAGAUGCAGAAAAAGUACCUCGACCAGAUCGAAGAACUCUACGACGAGUUCAAUGUGGUCAAGAUGCCCCUGUUGACUGACGAAGUUCGCGGUGUGGAGAGUCUGAAAAGCUUCUCAGAGAUGCUUAUUCAUCCAUAUCAUCCACCCUCCUCCUAACGCAGAUGUACCUCGUAUAAAGCCCCAUUCGUCCUUCCGACAAACGGCCCUGGCAUUCUGACGCCGCUAGUAAACUGACCUCACGCUCGUGUUGAUAGACCCCGCGUCUCUGUUACAAUUGGCCUUCACUGCCCGUAGACGAUGACUGAUAGGGCCCUUACCACGACAGUUUUAGUGACCACAGUGAUGAACUCGGAAUGGCGAAUUUUCAUCAGGCCCUUUUGUGCCGCAAGCCUCUCGCUAACGGCUGCAACUCACAUUCCCCUGAUGCUUUUCCGCUGGAUAUGCACUCAUAAAGUUCAGUGCUCUCAAAUCAUGAAUCUUGGUGCCCAUCAGUCCUCCGAUCAGGUUCAAACUCAUCCAAUCUUAUCGCCCAACGUAUGCCGGUACAAGCCUGGGAUAGCCGCCCAACCAGCAAUUUUGGUCGGAACCGGUCAAACGCGCAUUAAACUUAUUUGGUGUCUCUUAACCAGCGCGCCCGGGAAUGGCAAGCUCAAGCCGUGGACGUUUGCUAGACAAUACGCAUAUGCUUGG